AAAGAGUCAGGUUAACAAUUUCGACAAGAGACCUUGUAGAAUUAGACCAGUUCGGAAAAACCAGUUUUUAAUUUUGAUCAUUGCGAAAAGGUGAGACAGGCUGUGGCUAAAAUCAGUGCUAAAGAGAUGCAGUAAAUACAAUUUGUACGUGGUCAGAGACACUUAUUGUACAAGACCCUUAUAACUGGACCUUUACAACUAACAUUAAACCCCCAGUUCAAGCUGCAAAAGGAAUGUCCUCUGUGGAUUGACUUCGUACCACACACCAAACCAUUUAUAAAACAUGUAAAGAACGGUUGUUGGAACUGGGUGUGUCUAGUUUAAUGAAAAGAAGGACCAGGGGUGACAUGAUAGCAGUCUUCCAAUAUCCCAGGGGCUGCCCCAAAGAAGAGGAAGUCAAGCUAUUCUCCAAAGCAGGACAAGAAGCAAUGGGUGGAAACUCAUCAAGGAGAGAAGCAACCUAGAACUAAGGAGAAAUUCCCUGACAGUGAAAACAAUUAAUCAAUGGAACAACUUGCCUCCAGAAGUUGUGAAUGCUCGAACACUGGAAGUUUUUAAGAAGAGGUUGGAUAACCAUUUGUCUGAAGUGGUGUAGGGUUUCCUGCCUAAGCAGGGGGGUUGGAGUAGAAGACCUCCAAGGUCCCUUCCAACUCGGUUAUUCUAUUCUAUUAUUAUUGGCUUAUCCCUGGUUUACUGAAUAAGCUUCAUUUCGCUGGGUUAUAGGAGCCAUACAUUUUAGAGUAUGGAUGGAGUGUAUGAACUGGAACUACACAGUAUACAGCUAAACCACAACCAAUCCCAGGACUUGAUGUAUGUGUGAAUGAAUCCAGUGUUUACCCAAAUAGGCAACAUCAUCAGUGCUAGCAGUGAUGAUGUUCCCUAGUUGGGUCAGGAAACGUCUACAAAGAAACCACCAAGCUCAGAGUCACAAAGGACCCCGGAUUUCAACCCCGAGCUACAAAUAUUCUCCUUUAUUAGUGUCUACCUUGUGAUUGUUCCCCCUUUUCAGCUAAACUCUGCAUGCCAAGCUAUUCGGCUGUCUUUUUUGUGCUUUGCUGUGCCAUCUGUUCUUCCAAAGGGCGAUUGGUAGACUCGCAAGCUUUUGAAUGCCACAGGACGCUUCCAAUCUAACGGUUGGAAGAAGAAUACUGUAUGCAACCCUUACGUGGAAAUCUUUGCUUGGUCCCUUUUGGUGUCCAUGGUUGGCUUCCACAUCUAUCCAGUUGUCCAGCUGCCUUUUCAGACCUGGAGAUGAUUUCGUUGCCUUUGGAGUAGGGGGCAGAGACUAGAGAUCCCUCCCUCCCCCCAAAAGUUAAAAAAAAAAAAAAAUCUUGUCCUGCACCCAUGUGGCCUCUCGGUGAGAGGAAACAAGAGACAGCUUGGUCAGAAACUGAGAAAAGAGGAACUGAAAGGGUGGGGUUAGCUCAGAUGAGAGUUGGACUGCUGCUGCAUGUUGUUCUAUGCGGCUCUUCAAAUCGGUCUCCGGCUACUGCCAUCGCUGUCACCCUCUGCUCAAGUAUCAGACAGGCAGUGGGGGGUCACCUCUGCCAGAAUCUGGGGGGACCUCGCUGAAAGGAUUGCCUGUAAUCUGAGGAAGAAAAGAAAGAGGAAAUAGCCAGGGCAGUUCAGCAAAUUGAUCACGGAGGAGGAAGAGGAAGAGGAGGAAGAGGAGGACGAGAGGAGCCAUGUCCAAUGUUAUCCUAGAGAGCAUCUUCCUGAAACGUUCCCAGCAAAAGAAAAAGACUUCUCCGCUGAAUUUCAAGAAGCGCCUCUUUCUGCUGACAGAAAGCAAGCUCUCUUACUAUGAAUACGACUUCGAACGUGGGCGCAGAGGAAGUAAGAAGGGCUCGGUGGACAUUGAUAAAAUCACCUGCGUCGAGAUUGUGGUUCCAGAAAACAACCCUCCUCCGGAACGGCGGGUAUCGCGAAAAGAAGAUGCAAAUGACCACGAGCAGAUUUCCAUUAUAGAAAGGUUUCCUUAUCCCUUCCAAGUGGUAUACGAUGAAGGACCCCUCUAUGUCUUCUCUCCCAUGGAGGAACUACGGACUCGUUGGGUUCACCAACUGAAGAACAUGACCUACUAUAACAGCAACCUGGUGCAGAAGUAUCAUCCUUGUUUCUGGACGGAUGGACAAUAUCUUUGUUGCCUCCAGACUGCAAAAAUGGCCAUGGGUUGCAAGGUUCUGGCCGGCAGGAGUCAAAGUUUCAAAACUGGCCGUUCGCUUCAGAAGCCCGAAAAGCCAUUGCCCCCGACGCCAGAGGAGAAUCAGUUCAUGAAGAAGCCUUUGCCACCCAAACCAAUACCCAGCGUUCCUUCUAAGACGAGGAAGGUGAUCGCUCUCUACGAUUACACCGCCGUGAAUGACCAGGAUUUGCAGCUACAGAAAGGAGAAGAAUAUCUCAUCCUGGAGGAGAGCAGUGAAUCAUGGUGGAGAGCACAAGACCAGAAUGGGAAACAAGGUUACAUCCCCUCCAAUUACAUCACCGAAGCAAGAGAUUCUCUGGAGAUAUUUGAGUGGUAUCUGAAAAACAUAACCAGAAGGCAAGCAGAAGAAUUGCUGAAGAAAGAGGGCAAAGAUGGCGGUUUCAUUGUUCGAGAUUCUGUCAGCAAGACAGGCAAAUACACCGUCUCUGUGUUUGCUAAGUCCUCUGGGGAACCUCAGGGCACCAUCCGCCAUUAUGUGGUGUGCUCGACACCCCAGAACAAAUAUUUCCUGGCUGAGAAGCACCACUUCAGCACUAUCCCGGAGCUCAUCAACUAUCACCAACACAACUCCGCAGGACUUAUCUCCCGAUUGAAGUAUCCUGUGUCAACACAACAAAAAUCUGCUCCUUCCACUGCAGGACUUGGAUAUGGGGCCUGGGAGAUUGACCUGAAAGAACUGACAUUUCUGAAAGAGUUGGGGACAGGCCAGUUUGGAGUGGUGAAGCAUGGCAAGUGGCGAGGUCAAUACAACGUGGCCAUCAAGAUGAUCAAAGAAGGCUGCAUGUCAGAAGAUGCCUUUAUCGAUGAAGCCAAAGUCAUGAUGAAUCUUUCCCAUGCCAACCUGGUGCAGCUGUUUGGGGUUUGCACGAAGGAAAGACCAAUCUUGAUUAUCACAGAGUACCUGUCCAAAGGCUGCCUCUUGACCUACCUGCGGGAUACUCGGCGGUCCUUCCAGGCCUCUGAGCUUUUAGAUAUGUGCAAGGAUGUCUGUGAAGCCAUGGAGUAUCUGGAAUCCAAACAGUUUCUACAUAGGGACCUGGCUGCUCGCAACUGCUUGGUCAACGAACAAGGAGUGGUCAAAGUCUCUGAUUUUGGCCUUUCCAGGUACGUCUUGGAUGAUGACUAUGUCAGCUCCAUGGGAACCAAAUUUCCAGUCCGGUGGUCUCCUCCAGAGGUUCUUCUCUAUAGGAAGUUCAGCAGCAAAUCAGAUGUCUGGGCUUUUGGUGUUCUGAUGUGGGAGGUCCAUGCUUUGGGGAAGAUGCCCUACGAGAGGUUCACCAACAGCGAGACCACCGACCACGUCAUCAAAGGGCUGCGCCUCUACCGUCCCCAGCUGGCCUCUGACAGGGUCUACGCCAUCAUGUACAGUUGUUGGCAUGAGAAAGCAGAAGAGCGUCCAAGUUUCCAAGUCCUCCUUGGCCAAAUUAUGGAUUUAGCGAAUGAAGAUGUCUGAUCCCUGUCGGUCACCCAAUGUGACAUUUUCCCCUGUGAAUUGUUUGCCACCUUCUACACUUUUCUGAGGAAUUGCUGAAUGGACAUGGUGAAAUACAAAAUCAGCAAAGAAGGCACUCACAACCGAAAUAGUUCGAUCGAUUGAGAACUGUCUCCAAGUCACUUUUUACUCAGCUUUGCGUUUGUCUUCAAUGCCAGCCAAAACUACCAAGACAGCAAGUGCCGUAUACGGUAGGUUGUUUCCCUAUCCAGCAGGAUAAGGUGCAGCUUGUCCCCACUGAAGUGUGAUCAUCCCAGGCCCAAAUCAGCCGAAAAGAAAACCAGCAUGAAAUGGUCUGUCCUCAUUUCUGAUCCCUGACCUACCUCUGUCUCUGCCUUCCCUUCACGAUCAUGAGUGCGAUUUUGUCCACCUGGAGAUUAACCUUGGAUUACAGGGGAAAAAAAUCCUGCUUAUUCAAUAGGAUUGUUAUGACCCAGGCCCAAGUAGGUAUUAUCAGACGCAAUCAGUUCGAAAACAAACAGACUGUAUUAGAACAGCUGAGAAUUAACUCAUUCUCAGCGUAGUCCAAACUAAUUCAAAACAAAUUCUUCAUAACACAAUUCUUCAGCCUCAUCACCAACCUUGGUUUAAUUAGGCAACCUGCCAAAGGCUUUUCUUGGCAACAGUUCAGAAGCAGAAGACGCCGACAAGAAAUAAAUGCAGCAAGACAAGAAACAAAUCUAUCAACGUUGUUUUCCAACAAAGAGCCCAAGAGCCGUUGCUGGUCUUUUAAGCCUUAUGGGAGGGGCCAAUCAUCUCUUGGCCUUACUCCCGAGUCAUUCUUUUUGUUGGAAUGGAGCAGAAUCAGUGGUGAAAUCCAAAUCUUUUUACUACUGGUUCUGUGAGCGUGUGUGGGUGUGGCUUGAUGGGCAUGGCAGGGGAAGGAUAUUGCAAAAUCCCCAUUCCCAUCCCACUCUGGGGCCAGCCAGAGGUGGUAUUUGCCAGUUCUCCAAACGGCUCAAAAUUUCCGCUACUGGUUCUCUGAACUGCUUAAAAUUUCCGCUGCCGGUUCUCCAAACUGCUCAAAAUUUCCGCUACCAGUUCUCCAGAACCUGUUCGAACCUGCUGGAUUUCACCUCUGACCAGAAUGGAUUAUGAUUACAAGGCAAAUGACAGAGGCUUUUGGUAUAAGAAUGCCUAGGUCUUCCAAGAUUGCUUGAAACAAGUUCAUGGGAUUUAAUAAACGUUGGAGGAUGCAGCCAAUGUUCCAGAACGUCUUGUGCAGUGAUGGAUAAAAAUGGAAAGAAGCGAUAGGAAAAAUGAAUUGCAUUUCAUAGAGAGAAAAUAAAUUCGUUUCCUUCAUCACCUUUCUUGGAUCCUUGUUGACUUGUUCCCCGGUGCUUCGUUCAACGUGAAGAUCUGCUUUUAAUUUUUGUUUACUGUAAUACAGUCCCAAAUAUCUUCUUCCCCAAUAAAUCACAUUCGAAGUCCUGAAAAAA